CAGGUGAGGGCGUGAGACUUACCUUAACCCACGCCCACCGGUAACCGCCUCCCGCCCUCCGCCUCCGCCCCUCACCCGCUCCACCGCACACUCUCUGCCACAGUCCGCGCGUCACCAGGCAGCGCGGCAAGCUCUCUCACAUGCGUCUUGCCUCGCGCUCCCCGUGGGCUGUGACUCGUGAUUCUGGACAUAUCUCACAAUUCCUUUACCCCCGUGUGUCUCUCUUCCCCCUGGUGAGAUUCCGGCCCUUAUCAUCCUUAGGUCUGGAUAGCGAGGGUUCAAGGGCGUUCAGAUCGUUUGAAUACCUGGGCAGGGUCGUCUGUUUGUCAGCUGGUCGUUCACACCCCGCCAUCAAGGACUGUGAAGUGUUGUUUGUGUCCUGGUGCUGAUGGUGAAGGACUGGUAGUGUGUGAUGGCAGGCGAGUGUGUACCUGGUGUGUGGUGACUGAGGCAAGGCUGGUGGUGACGCUCAGUGGUGAUGGAGAUUCUUGAAGUGAAGGGACUGGCAGUGCUUGACAAAGGGAAUGAAUCUGGUGUGUGGUGACUAAGAGAAGGCUGGUGGUGAUGUUAAGUGGUGCUCAUAGGACAGACUCACACGCACGCCUCGUUAAAUCACAAGGUCGUGCUGCGGCUUAUGGAAGGUUGAAGGCUCGUGCUGAUUGGCUUCGUAGAAAGAAAAAUGAAGGAAUAUGUAGCUGAAAAGUGGAUUGCAAGUGGCGAGUGUUGUGUUGCAUGGUGGUGUGUGACGCAGCGUGGCUUUGGUGUUCGUGAUGGACAGCCCAGUAAAGUGUCAGUGUUUAUGAUGGUGACCUCAGAUGGUGUUGAAUCGUGAAAGCAGCACCAUCACCUCCAAACAGACCACAGCCAGACCUUCCCAGCGGCGGUGAGGAAAACAUAAUAACUCACAAGUACAACCAAAUCCCUGAGACCAUAAAGAGUGGCUGAACUAACUGCCUUCCGCCCCGUCAGUUCAGCUCACACCUGGGCCGGACACGUACCCAAAGAGGAAGCAAGUUAGAAGUGGUGUGGUGCCCCGCGGAAGUCUGCUAUUAUUAGGGCGCUUUAUGAGGGUGACGUGCCCGCGCAUCCCGGGUCAUGCCCUCUUUCAUAGAUGCAUCCGUUGACCCUCCUGCCCCCUGGAGUACCUUGGAUGCCUGUGGAGAUGCGUGUGACUCCUCUGCAGCUGCUCUGAAACUUAAUUCGCCGCUGUGGUUCAGGGAUCGCUUUCUCAGACGUUCCAGCACCUUGCUUCCACCUUCAGCAGCUCGUGAUGGAAGUUAUCAAGAUUUUCAAGAGUGUUUUCGCGCUUAUAAUGGUAGUCUAAUGAGUCUUCUAUGUUUCUUAAUAGCGAAAUACUCAUGAGAACCAAUCUGAUAUUCUAUGUUGCCUUAGAAAAUAAUCCUAAUGAGCCUCUAGUUGAAGCUGUUACGGUUUUCAAGUGUGUUUCAUGAUUCUAAUAAUUGUUUAGUAAGUUUGCUGCAUCAUUAAUGAGUAAAAGAAGGUCCCGAGUGAUCAUUUCUGUGGACUUAGGAAAACAGUCAUGUUGAAAGAACAAAACGUUUCAAAAAGCGGUCCGGGACUGGCGAAGCUUCAUGUAGUGGUUUUCGUUGCGCUCUGAUUCCCAUCGAGCCCCAAGCCAGGCCAGGCGCGGGAGGAUUAAAUUUGUACAUGCGAGUGGGUCUUUUUUUAACUUUCCAUUCGACUCGUAACCUUCACUCUCCGUCACGGAGGAAAAAGGAGGAAAGGAGAAAGUCUCUAUAUCCUCGUGGCCUUAUAACGCAUGCAUCCAUGGAGUGUAAGGAUAAGGAGAAAGUAACCGGCAGGAGGAAAGACUGAGGAAUGGGUGCGUGGCUGCCGAGGGCGUGAGUGCGAGUUCAGGCAGAGGGCACACGUGGGCGGCGGGAAGAGGAGCAGGUUUGUCGCCAGCCUGAAGUUCAAAGAGGUGAGCCAGGCCGCUGCUUCCCACGAUUAUUUCUAUAUGGCAUUUUUUUUUUAUAUGUGUGUGUAAAUAGAUUGGUCGGUCAGAGAAUUGAUUAUUCAGUUAGAUCAGUCGAUCAGUUAAUCAUUAAGUCAGUCAGUCAAAGAGUCGCUGUUGGUCGCUCAAUCAGUAUGUCAGUUAGUCAAUCAGUCAACCAAUCAAUCAUGUAGUCAGUUUGACGGUUACCCAGACAGUCAGAGAAUCCGUUAGAUAGAGGUCUAGUCAAUCAAACAGUUAGUCGAUCAGUCAGUCAGUCAAUCAAGACAUAGCUGGAACCGCUAAAGUGACUUUCGGUGACUGUACUGGUGGAAUGACAGCCAGGCAUCACGGUACCAAGGCAGUGGCAGCUGGGACAUCACCCCAGACUGCGUUGACAGAACGUGCGCUGCUUCCCGUGCACCAGUGAUCGUUGUCCUUCGCCUCCGUACAUCUGGUGUGUCUGAGGACGGAAGCCACAGCAGGCAGGAUGUACCACCAUUUCCCUCGCUGGUCACGGGCGCGAGACUCGUCUUGGCGGGACGUGUGGCAGGUGUGCGGAGGACGGGUGCCGGGCAGCUCCAGCUUGCCUGCACAGGGUGGGCGCCUGCCAGCAGCUGACAGCCUCAGGGCAGUAGCAGAUGUGUGGCGGGAUUAGAAGGAGCGAGACAAAGCAUGGAAAAAAAAAUAUCAGGGUUGCUCACAGGUUUUCGUUUGCAUGGUAAUGAGUGAACAUUCUCGGAGGUUUGAGACUUGCAGGCUGAGUGUGCGGCGGUGGAAGGAAAAGGAAAGGAGAAAGGGGGUGGGGUGCGCAGGAGCACGCGGCCAACCGUCUACACCACCGUGAGAGUUUUAACCGGAAGAUGAUUAAAUUUGGCAACCGCCAAGGUCUUCCCGAGAGAGACGCAACGUAAUCGCUUCCACUCUUUCAACAAAGAAGUUAAAGACAAAAGUAAAGAGAACGAAGCCUGUAACGUCCGACAGUCAAACAGAAAUUCGUUGCAAAUUUUGAGGUCAGUGACAAAAAGAGAAAAUGUAUUAUUUACUUUAUUGCAGGAAUGACCGAGAAAACUAGAAUGGUGUGAUUUUUACCAGAAAGCUCAAAUCUCAGCUUUCCGCCAGCGAGGACGUUUAUUGGCGGGAGGCUCCUGAACCCUGACCGAUAAGACCCAGUGGACCCCCGCGAGCCCUUAGGCGAAGCAGGGCGGGGUCUCCAGACGCAGCCAAUGUGAGCGAACUUGAAAGACGAGCCUGAAAGUUGUAGCGGGGCCAGAGGGGAGGCAGAAGGCAUGACGAGAGGCGGCGUGAGGCGGCGCAAGGCAAGGCUGGGCCGCUGCUGAGUAAUCCUGCCUCUCCAUCUUGCUGCCUCAGCAGGAAACACCGUAAACAUUGUGAAAAAAUAGUGUUGAACAAUGAAACGCUGAAACGAAAAUAUAUGAAUGCUAAUUAACAAAAAAAUACCUACGAAAUAAAAGAAAUAAUAAAAACAAUCUCGAAUUAAAAACACAGAUCAUGAAUAAGAGAGACACAAUGAAUACCAGAAUGCGCGUGAAACAAAAACACUGAGAGAGAAGACUGACCACACGGGAGUAGGGAAAAGAAAUCGGCGGUACCUUGGCAGUUCACGGCCACCGCAGCACCGGCAGGAUGAAGCUGGAGGCGCGGAGGAUGCUGGCCAAUCUGCUGGACCGUAAGGGGAAGAACCGCGGUGCCGGCAGGAGGGCUGGGGAGGGCGGGCCUAGCGUCGGGCGCCUCAGCCGCAGCGAGCCAGCCAUCCACGCCCUUGGCCCUGACCUGACGCGUCGUCCCCUCAACAAUGCCAUCGUCACCAGAGGAGUGACAAGCAGCGUAGGAAAUGACCCGCCACCCUCCCCACCCGCCUCCCGCCCGCCGCCACUGCCCACCCACCCGCCGCCGCCCGUGCCGCCCCAUGCCCAGCUUCUGCCUCAGGCCCCGAUGCAGCCGCUGCCUCCUCUGCCCAACCAGCAGCAGGAGGAGCAUCGGUACCAGCGGGAGGAGCACCGGUAUCAGCAAGAGGCCAUCCAGCAGGCACCCGGUACUUGCAUCCUGCCGAGACGCAGCUUAGGGAAGGACGAUGUCAAUGUUCGUUACAGAUCGCCCUCCAAUCCUCCCCCAGCCUCCCGCCAGCCUCCGCCCUACUCCAGACAUCAGCCUCCUGAUCCACAGAGGCGGCUUCGUGGGCCCUAUCAGCCUCCACCACCACCCAAAGGUGACCUGAGGGACCCUAGAGAGCGUGAGAGCAGGCCUCGGGAAGUGCGCGCCUCUGUCAACCUAGACGAGCUACAGGACUGCCGGAGUCGUCGGGAUCACUGGGUCGAGGGAGACCCGCGUGGAGGUGCAGAGACACGCGACAGCCAGAAGAACGGUAACUUCCGCGAGAUGCGAGACAUCUGGGAGAAGCGCAACUCAGCCCUCAUCCCUCAGGACCCCACCAAGGAAGACAACCUGAGGUCCACAUCGCUCCCGCGGCCCAAGCAAGACCCGUGGAUGCCGGCCAACAACAGGUGGUCAACUCGCGAACCUGAUUCUGGUUUUGAUUCUCUCAAUCUCCAAACCGCAGACGAUGGCCAGCGAUGCACGGAGGCGGGUCAGAGCCACAGCCGCGCCCCGAUGGUACUGGCGACCGAUGCUCACUACUCACAGUCCACCGAAGACCUGCUCAAUGCAUCACGCACCUCCCCGAUGUCCCUCUCCUCGGCCACAGCCUCUAUGUCAUCCACGUCGUCCUCGCCCGUGCAGUACCCCACCAUCAGGCCCGCCAAGCAGCCCUGCAUCACCGGCGCCUCUCACACUUCACCGUUUUCGCACACCUCGCCUCGCAGCUCACCUCACCCACCAGGCGGAUCGCCACGUGGUGUGGGGCCGCCCCAUCACCAUUCAACACCUGUUGGUCCGCAGCGCACCGCAUCACCCGAAGGAGCUUUGUUAUCCGACAGUGUGUACCCGCAGCACGACACGCAGCCCCGUUACGCUGAGAUCCAGGAGAAGAGCGAGCCGAGAGUCAAGGAGGAGAGGAUGAACCACCGACUGUCUCGUGACCUGCGAGACGUUAGAGAUGUACGAGAACUGGGAAGCAACAGAGAGAGCAGAGAAACCACUAGGACGGGAAGAGAUAUGAGAGAACCGCGUGACAACAGGAGUAGCCGCGAACUCAGACAAAAUAGAGACAUUAAGUCAAGAGAGUUUCGGGAGACAAGUUUGCCUCGCGACUUUAGAGAGACACGAGAGGAAAGACUCAACCGAGACGCAGCCACGAGAGGCUAUCGUGAACUGCCUGUCGAUGUUGACGAGCGAGACCAAGUGGAACUCCGCCAGGAUCGCCUGCGCGGACCGCGGGACGGUCGAGCCUAUGGCGAGGGUAGUAAGGAAGUGAGAUUCAGCAAUGACACGAGCGAGAACCUGCGAGUGCGGGACGGCCUGGCGUAUGACCGCCGCGACAGGGACGGAGACGGCGCCGACGGCCUGCAGGUGAACGAUGAGCGCCGCCUGUCCGGCCACCAACGGGCUACCGACCACCGGGGCCAGCGGGGUGACGGUUGCACCUCCUCCUCUGUGUCCUGGAUGGAGUGGACACAACAGCUGCAGGCCUACGUGGCGUGGGUGAACUCCCAGCUGAGGAAGAGAGGCCGACCACUCAUUUCUGACCUACGCCGCGACCUUCAGAGCGGUGUGGUCUUCGCCGACUUGAUUGAAAUCAUUUCUGGAGAGCGUGUUGCCGGCAUCCAGCGAGAGGGAGAGCGGGAGGCCAUCUCGCCCCAGGCCAUGAGAGAGAACCUGGACCGCAUCCUGCAGUUCAUGGCAGCCAAGAGGAUCCGCAUGACACACAUCACCAGCAAGGAGGUGGCGGAGGGCAACCUGAAGAGCAUCAUGAGGGUCAUCCUGGCGCUCGCCGCUCACUAUAAGCCCCAGAGCGUGAAGGCCGCUUCUCCCCACCAGCAGGAGGUGCCGCCCGCCGCCUUGGUCUGCGCCCCCGCCAAGCUCCCUGCCACACACGAUGUGAGCGUGGGUCCCGACGGUCCUCCAGGCGGCCCCGAGAACACCCCCAAUCUCAGCGCUAACAGGAGAGCCAUCGUGACAGGCGGCAGCGGCGAUGAUUCAGGGAGCGCGCCAGGCCUUAGGCGGCAUCCCAGCAUGACGGCCACCCCUGGGGCCCCACGGGACUCAUCGCCGGUGUAUGAGAACUUGCCGAGACGUGUGGCGCCCUCCCGCUGGGCCUAUGACUCCCUCAGGGCCUCGCACAAAUUCCAAUGGACGGGACCGCCGUCUCGCCGCUCCGGAGCAGGCUCUGGGCCCAACAGACCCUGUUUAGAUGAGUCUUCCGAUGAUCCGCUCAACACCUCGCUCAACACCUCCCUCACCAUCUCCCUCAACACCUCCAUAGAGGGCGAGGUGGAGCCCUCCUCGCCCGCCCUGGACUCCUCGGGCGGGCGCGGCAGUGGUCGUCCCGCAGCACUGAAUUUUUGGCAAGAGAUGACCAACCGUCACGAUCCAGGAGCUCCCCAACCUAAGUCUCAGCCCUCCACACCCGUCAAAGCUCCUCCGGAGGACGCUGACAACCCGUUCAGGUACCAUACAAUACAUCGAAUGAGUGGGAGACGCAAGUUGCCACAGAUCCCGGGCGCGCCGGGCCCUGGCAGCAGAGUCAGCUCAGCACAGGAAUCCCCUGAGAGCCCCAGGGAGACAACGGACUCACCGAACGACCGCAGCGAAGGAAAACCCGGCAGUGGAUUAGGAGAGGAUGGGUCACGAGAACCUGAGGGGCGCAGCCAGAACUCCUCCCCGGCCACCAGCCUGGUACGCGGCCACACACUAGAGCAGUGGUCCAGAGAGAAGCCUCAGAUGGACAAUUGGGACGCCGAGGACCUGAAGGGCGUGCUGCGGGACCUGAACAAUACCCGUGACCAGCUCCUGGCGCUGCAGCACCUGGAACUAGACCCAGCCUCCAGGGGCAGCCACGGACCGCGCUCCUCAGAACUCCUGGAAGCCUCCACAGCUUCUGUCAAACAAGAGCUGCUGCACCUCUCCCUCGCCCGCCAAGCCCUUGAGGCGGAGAAGGUGGAGCUGACGCGGCUGCUGGAACAGAGGGAGGGUGUCAUCACGGAGCUCCGGAAGCAGAUGCACCAGCGGGACAAGGCCAUGCACACCCAGCGGGCUCAGUUCGAAGACGCCCUGAGAAAUGUUCAGAACGGGAAGCGCGUCGGGGUGUGUGGCGACAGUCCCUCAAGCCGCGGUGGUCCCCGCGAAGAGCUUCACCUGGUCAGGGACGCCAUCGCCUCUCUCAGAAGCAACUUCAGGCCGCCAGCAUGCCCCGCUGGCCCGACGGUGUCCCUCACUGGAUACCCGCGUGUCCACAGAGAGACGGAUCCAAACCAGCACACCCUGGACACACUGGAGCAGGCCAUCUCCAUCCUCAUCGAGCGCAGUAGCACCGGCACCAGUGGGGGCGGAGGCGGGGGAAGCAGCAGCAACGACAAAAAUUCCCGGGCCAGCGACCAGCGCCAUCAGAUGAAUGGUGUGCAGGACGCUUCGACCAAAGUGAUCUACUUCACGGAGCGGACAGUGACGCCCUUCAUGUCCACCAUCAACAAGCCCCUCGGGGAGAUCCGCCUGAGAGACUUCAAAAACAUGUUCGACAGGCCCGGCCUCUUCCGCUUCCACUUCAAGAGUUACGACCCGGAGUACGGCAUGGUGAAGGAAGAGAUUGUGAGUGACGACGACAUUCUGCCGGGAGUGGAGGGCAAGAUCAUCGCCUGGGUGGAGGAGGACGUCGAGUGACCUGCAACACUGACAAUAUUGCAGAUGAAUCAUUGCAACAUCACAACGAAGACGUCAUUCCCAAGCGGCGCAACGUGCAAGCGCGCGCACACAAAUACACCUACACACACACACACACACACACACACACACACACACACACACACACACACGUGCACAAGCUUCUACGUACGCCACUGGCUCUAGACUGUUCGAUAUGAGUGCCUCCUCACCAGCUGAAGGAGACACGGAGAACCAGACACUCUUAAGGCUCACCGGUAAUGUUGAGGUGGCAACUCUUUCUAUUUUUUUUUUUUUCUAUCUUUCUUACUUCUACUCCCUCUCAGUGCUUGCCAGCCACCAAGAUAUCCAUUCCCAUCCUCUACUGCUACACUCAUAUCAGCCGUGAUCCAAAAUUUUCUCCACGUAAAAAUGAAGAGCCUGACAGACGAGAUUCCUUGUCCACAUAUCGUCCGUCAUGUAUAGACACAGAAGUAUAGUGUAAUCCACUGGUGUGCAAUUAUGAAAAGAUCUGUUCCUCCACCGUCGUAGCGUGCGUGGCAGCACCAACAGCAUUUGUGUAUCGUUGAUCUCUUCCUUUCUCAUGGUCACUGACUCUGGCCUGCCGGAGACGUGACGUGACCGCGCGUUUCAAAGUGAAA